CCUAUAUUAUACGCAAUUCGACGGAUUUGCUGUUAAACUAACGGAGCCGAUCAGAGAGACCCAACCCACACCGAUGCGUGGAGAAGAAGAAGCCGCCGCCGCCGCCGCAGCCACCGCCGCCGAGGCUGGGGCCCCGCGCUCGCCGGACCUCCACGACCUCUCCGACGACUCGGACUACGCGGCCGCCGCCGCCGCCGCGUCCUCCGACCACACGGUGAUGAGGAGUGAUCUGGCGGACCAGGAGUCAGCCGAGACGGCGAGAGUGGAUUUGGUCUACGAGAAGGAGCGUGUGACGAUCCAUCCGACGCAGUAUGGCUCUGGCCGGAUUAGUGGGAAGCUGCGCCUCUACUUGCAGCAGGGCUCCCUGUUCCUGAGUUGGGAACCAAAUGUGGGAGCCGAUUCUUUCUCAAGCAGUUCAGCUUCCAUGGAAAUAGAAAAAUAUAGAAACCUGUACACUAUAAAAGCCUUGCCAUUAAGUGAUGUACGCUUCAUCCGUAAGCACACCCCGACAUUUGGGUUCGAGUACAUAAUCAUUGUUCUCUCAUCAGGCUUGGCUUUUCCUCCAUUCUAUUUCUACAAUGGCGGGCUUCGUGAAUUGUUUGCAACACUAAAGAAGCAUGUUUUUAUUAUCAGGUCGGAUGAUGAUCCUAAUGUAUUUCUUGUUAACGACUUUCAAGAUCCUCUGCAGAAAAGUCUGUCAUCUCUGGAGCUUCCUGGUGUUGCCUCUGUAGCAAAUGCCAUGUCACGGCAGAAUUCACUCAGUUUCUCUAGUUCAGUUGAUGAAGCCGGACAUGGGAGCGAUGCCAAACAUGGGGCAUCUUCUAGCAUGACUGAAUAUUUCCCAAAGCAAAGGCACAAAUCGAAUGAUCCAGGCCGCGAUCUCUCUAUCCAAGUUUUGGAGAAAUUUUCUCUGGUUACCAAGUUCGCACGAGAUACCACGUCUAGUCUCUUUCGUGAAAACCAGAAUAGUAGUGGUCGUACUUAUGGAAGGCAGCAACAAGAAUAUGUUUUGGACAACAGAGCAAAUGAUAAGUACAAAGAUCAGCAAAUAACACCUGAUAAAGGUUCUUUGCCAUCAGAUUUAAAGGAGUCUGAUAAAUCACUUGCGUGGGGAAAACAAAGAGAACAACCAUUGAGUGUUGAAGAGUGGAGAUCCUUCUUAGAUCCUGAAGGUAGAGUUGUGGAUUCAAAGGCGCUGAGGAACAAAAUUUUCUAUGGAGGGGUUGAUCAUGUCCUCAGAAAAGAGGUCUGGAAAUUCCUGUUGGGGUAUCAUGAAUACGAUUCAACAUAUGCCGAGAGGGAAUAUCUUGCUGUCAUGAAAAGAGCAGAAUAUGAAGCCAUAAAAUCCCAGUGGAAGAGUAUUUCAUCCAUGCAAGCUAAAAGAUUUACCAAAUUUAGGGAAAGAAAAGGCCUUAUUGACAAAGACGUGGUGAGGACAGAUAGAUCAGUUUCAUACUACGAAGGAGAUGACAAUCAAAAUGUUGUAGUGCUACGGGACAUCCUGCUGACGUAUUCCUUCUAUAAUUUCGACCUUGGCUAUUGCCAAGGAAUGAGCGAUUUUUUGGCACCUAUACUAUAUGUCAUGGAAGAUGAGUCUGAAUCAUUUUGGUGCUUUGCAAUUUUGAUGGAACGAUUAGGAGCCAAUUUUAAUCGUGAUCAGAAUGGCAUGCAUGCUCAGUUACUUGCCUUAUCCAAGCUUGUGGAGCUUCUUGAUCCUGCGUUGCAUAACUAUUUUAGGCAGAACGACUGCCUAAACUAUUUUUUCUGUUUCCGUUGGGUUCUUAUACAAUUCAAGAGGGAGUUCAGUUUCGAUCAAAUCUUGCUACUGUGGGAAGUUUUAUGGACCCACUAUCUGUCGGAACACUUCCACCUCUACUUGUGCGUCGCGAUCCUGAAAAGGUACCGGUCGCGGAUAAUAGGAGAGCAGAUGGAUUUUGACACCCUUCUCAAGUUCAUCAACGAGCUCAGUGGCGAGAUAAAUCUUGACCGGGCAAUUCAGGAUGCGGAGGCGUUGUGUGUCAUUGCAGGUGAAAAGGGGGCUGCUUGCAUUCCGCCUGGAACCCCGCCUUCUAUGCCCAUCGAGACCGACGGUGGCCUGUACGUGCAACAAGACGAGGUCUUGUGAGAUAGGCAUGGGUGAUUCAGCAGUCGCCUCAUACAACAUCUGCAAUAUAAUGAAGGCGAUCCAAAUGAUGAAAUCUGAUCGGUGUAUAUAUGUAUGAUGUUUUAACUCCCUGCUCACGACGAACUUUAAGUUAACAAAA